AUGUUUGCCCUGGAGGCAAGAGGAGGGACUGGGAAAACCCACACUAUAAACCUGAUUCUUGCGGCUGUCCGUUCCUUUAAGAAGAUCGCCCUUGCUACAGCUCUGUCAGGCAUUGCAGCAACUCUGCUCUCACAUGGCAGAACAUUACACAGCAGAUGCAAAAUACCCGUUAGGGUGAACGAACAGUCAAUGUGCAGUGUGAGUCCCCAAGAAGCCAGUGGCACUUUAUUACGCCAAACAGAGCGGCUCAUCAUUGAUGAAGUAUCGAUGGGCCACAAACACAUUUUUGAAGCCAUAGACCGAACACUUCAAGACAUGUGUGAGAAUACCUCUCUGUUCGAUGGGCUAAAUGUGCUGAUGCCAGGUGACUGGCGCCAAGUACUACCAGUAGUUCGCCAUGGCUCAAGAUCACAGAUAGUCAAUGCAAGGCUGAAAUCAUCAUAUCUGUGGGAGCAUGUUAAUGUGCUCAGACUGACAAGAAGCAUGAGGGUUUCGCUUACAGGUGCGACUGCUGAUUUCUCCAACUAUCUACUGAACAUUGGUGAUGGCAAACACAAUAUAUGCAAGCAAAUCGGGGAGUUUGCGAUAAAAGUUCCAGAUGACAUGACAGUAAAGAGCGAACGAAAGUUGAUAGAUUUUGUCUUCGGUAACUUGCAGUCUAACACAAAUCCUGACUGGCUGGCUUCCCGCUGCAUCAUCUGUCCCACCAACACAGAAGUAGACAGAAUCAACAACCUGAUCAUGCAGUCCUUCCCAGGAGAAGAAAAAGUCUACAAGAGCUGUGAUUCGGUGAAAGAAAAUGAACACCAACACCCCAUCAAAUUUAUCAAUUCUCUAUGUCUGUCAGGUACGCCAACCCACAAACUGACAUUGCGGAAAGACAGCAUUGUCAUGUUGCUGAGAAAUCUGGAUCCCAUAAACGGCCACUGCAUCGGGACUCGAUUUGUGGUUCAGCACCUUCAUCAACAUGUAAUUGAUGCUGUCGUUGCUUGCGGUCCACAUGCAGGAAAGAGACUUUUCACAAAAAUUCCCCUCAUGCCUUCAGACAACAUAUUUGUCUUCCAUAUCCGACGGAAACAACAUCGGUUAGACCUGCUUUUGCAAUGA